AUUAGUCUAAUUUCAACAAUACGGACGCACAUGUGCGCAUUUUAACCUACAACACGUAAAUAAAUAAUGAGGCAUCAGAAUUGAGUUUCCCGUCGAACGGCUAUCGCUGUGUCUACAGAUGGCCACACGAUGUGUUUAAUUCAGCGGUGGCGCCAGUUCGUCAAUGUCAACAGGAAAGGUGCGAAAUUUUAAAAAACCACGCGGAAAAACAAACCUCCAACAUGUGCGAAAGCGUGAGCGAAACAACUAACAGGCAGUUCGGGCAAAAUGGCAUUGUACAGCCCCUCUUAACAGACUUGUAUCAAAUCACCAUGGCCUAUGCGUAUUGGAAAUCUGGGAAAACCAAAGACUACGCGGUAUUUGAUCUGUUUUUUCGAAAAAAUCCGUUCCAAGGCGAAUUUACCAUAUUUGCCGGCCUAGAAGAAUGUUUAAAGUUUCUCGGAAAGUUUCAUUACUCUCACAGUGACAUCGAAUAUUUAAAACAAACACUACCCCCGUCGACAGAGGAAGAAUUUUUUUUAUAUUUAAGCACGGUUACAGCUAAAGACGUAAAAUUAUACGCACUAGCAGAGGGGUCUGUCGCGUUUCCUAGGGUACCUUUAAUGCGAGUCGAAGGGCCGCUUAUAAUAGUUCAGCUGCUAGAGACAACCUUAUUAACUUUGGUAAACUAUGCUAGCCUAAUGGCGACGAAUGCGGCACGAUAUAGAAUAGCGUCGGGAAAUUUGCAGCUGUUCGAAUUCGGACUCAGGAGGGCUCAAGGUCCCGACGGUGGACUUUCAGCUUCGAAAUAUUCCUACAUAGGUGGUUUCGAUGGAACGAGCAACGUACUAGCGGGAAAACUCUUUAAAAUACCCGUGAAAGGAACCCACGCACACGCCUAUAUCACUUCUUUUAAUAGUAUCCAGGAACUCAAGAACACUAUGCUACCACAAAAAGACAGGGGGGAUAAUCCCCAAGAUUUGCUCAAACUAUCACUCGAUUGGAGAUCAAAACUUUUACCUAUUUUUAACGUUAUUUCGACUGAAGCUAGCGAGGGCGAACUGGCUGCAUUAAUAUCGUUCGCAAUUGCAUUUCCCGAAGGAUUUAUGGCACUAGUUGACACAUACGAAGUACAAAGAAGCGGUUUACUAAAUUUCUGCGCAGUGGCUUUAGCUUUAAACGAUUUAGGAUAUCGUGCGAUCGGAAUAAGAUUGGACAGUGGCGAUUUGGCUUACCUUUCAAACGUAGCACGUAAAUACUUCACUGAAAUAAGCAAAUCUUUCACUUUGCCGUGGUUCGAAAAUUUGAUGAUAAUGGCAUCGAACGAUAUCAACGAAGAAACAAUUUUGAGCUUAAACGAGCAAGGUCAUAAAAUUAAUUGUUUCGGAAUAGGUACGCACUUGGUGACGUGUCAAAGGCAACCGGCCCUCGGAUGCGUCUACAAGAUGGUAGAGUUAAAUCACUAUCCACGCAUUAAGUUGAGCCAGGAUGUUUCGAAAGUUACCAUGCCGGGCUGCAAAGACGCUUACAGACUUUACAGCGAUAGCGGCCAUGCUUUGGUCGAUUUGCUGCAGAGAUCCAUAGAGCCACCCCCUCGCGUUAACGAAAAAGUAUUGUGUCGACAUCCCUUUGAAGAAUCCAAACGGGCUUACGUAAUACCGUCGAGGGUUGAGAAACUGUUGGAAUUGUAUUGGGAAAAUGGACGUAUCGUUCAAUCUUUGCCGGUUUUGGAGACGAUCAAACAAAGGGUCAUCGAUUCUUUGAAAACUUUGAGAUCUGAUAUUAAAAGAAACUUAAAUCCUACACCUUACAAGGUGGCAGUGAGUGACGAAUUAUACCACUUCAUCCACGAUCUUUGGCUACAAAACGCUCCAAUAGGUGAGCUGUCGUGAUUUGGAUCGGCUAAUUGCUGCCGAUUUGUUUUAAGGGCGUAGUAACGCCGACAUUUGCGG